ACCCACCCACUAUUUACACAGCAACAGCUACCGCACUCCGCACGUACACGCAAGAACUGAAACUUGGUGCCAUGGCAAGGCUCUUUGCUGUGUGCUUGGUUCUGCUCGCCUUCACCAUGGCCGUGGCGGCAGAUAUGGCGCCGAUGAUGGCCCCGAUGGCGGCAGAUAUGGCGCCGAUGAUGGCCCCGAUGGCGGCAGAUAUGGCGCCGAUGAUGGCCCCGAUGGCGGCGCCGGCGGCCGACGCGGCCGACUGCAACAGCGACCUGCAGGACCUGGUUGCCAACUGCCAGAACUACGUCAUGUUCCCGGCCGAGCCGAAGAUACCGCCGUCGCCGGCCUGCUGCGCCGUGAUCCAGAGGGCGGACAUGCCGUGCCUGUGCGCCAAGGUCACCCCGGCGAUCGAGAAGGUCGUCUGCAUGGACAAGGUCGUGUUCGUCGCCAAAUACUGCAAGAGGCCCUUGCAGCCUGGCUCCAACUGCGGAAGCUACCCCGUUCCUGGUGCGUUCGUGUAG